UUGGCUCGGAAGUGAUAACACAACUACACUCAAUAUUUGUGUGUGUCUCAAGGCAGUGGCGAUAUUCUGUGUUCAAAUACAGAUCGACAGUUUGUGUUUCGUGCAUGUUGCUAAUCAGCGAUCAAGGGGUGAAGAAAUGUUGGUUAGGAGUGCAUUUAGUUCGGUUUUGAUUGCCGGUAUUACCUUGUUCUUAACGAUAAAUUGUGCUCGAGCUGGAAAUAUAGUGUACACCACGGAUGACUACUUUAUCAAAGAGAAACCCCUUCAAUGCUACGACUGUAAUUCAGAGUACGAUCCCAGAUGUGGAGAUCCUUUCAAUCCCUACAGCAUCGGCAUUGUCAAUUGCACAGAUAUCAAGCCUCCAGAACAUCUGAUGGGUGCCGAUCCUAAAAGUCGAAUGAAACCCAUGGUGUGUCGAAAAAUAGUUCAACAUGUUUAUCACAAAACAAGAGUUAUUCGAGAAUGCGGAUAUAUACCGGACAAUCGAGAUGACAAGAGCUGCCUUAGAACAACUGGAACAAGAGAUGUGGAAGUGAAAUAUUGUGCCUGCACUCAACCUUUGUGCAACGAGGGGAGAAAUAUUCGUCCAGUUCUAGUUACAUUAAUAUUAAAUUUCUUUAUAACUUGUAUCAUUUUGUUUUGAAAUAGUUGUAUAUAAGCGUUAUUUACCAUCUAUCUGAAUUUUCAGGAUUUUUUUCUUAAUUAUCGACCAUACGUCAUAAAUGGAGGGUUUCAGUAACUAAUAUAAGAUGUAUGCGUCAUUAUUAUAAAUACGUUACUUAAAAAUUUGUUUAUACGAUAUUUUACUGUAAUAUGUACUUCAAUUUUAUAUUUUUACACGUAUUAUAAAUUUCUCAUUUUAUACAGGGUGUUUUAAAAAACAUGUGCCAUCUCUCGUGGGGAGAUUCUCGAGGAGAUUCCUCACUUAAAAACAAGAUUUAUCACUAAUCAGCAUCACUAAAAGUACUUGGAAAAAAAUUAUAAUAAAUCGAAAUAUUAUUAAGACUUUAACACCGUGUAGCUACGAAACAAAGCAGAAUCGGACCUAUGUUGAUACGAAAAAUAAAUCUUAUUUGUACGUGAGGAAUCUCCCCACGAGAGAUGGCACAUAUUCUUUAACACCCUGUAAACGAGAUAUUUUCGUAAACUUAGCCUAUAAUAUCAAAUUCAUCAUACGGUGUUGUUUCGAAUUACUUUCCUACUAUUCCUGGUAGAUUGUUUUACUAGCAACUCUUUACUCGCGUCAAAAAAAUUUUAGUUUACAUUCAUCUAGAACAAAUGAAUCUAGAAAAAUUGCCCGAAAACAAUUGACCGAAAGAGAAUUAUCCCAAAAUAAUUUUGUUAACCGAACAUAAAAUUACCCGAAAAGAUAGUUGCCCGAAAAAAUGUCACCGAAUUACAGUUCACAGAAAUAAAAAUUCCCGAAAAUGUCGAUUUUUGGAAAAGAUUGCUCUAAUACUGGAGUUGUAGAUGUAGACUCCUUAUAUACAAGAAUGAGUACAAUACAUUUAAUCACAGUCCAUUUAAUAUAUCUAUGAAUAUAUUCAGUGAUGGACGGUGGGUAAAUACCCAAAGGACAGAUAAAAAUUGAAAGUGUAGGGUAUACAUCCAUUGGGAAAUAUUGUAAGGGUAUACCCGGCAUAUUAUAUUGGUAUAUUCCUGGUAUUAUACCGGGGAUUUACUAUGCAGUCGUUGGGGAAUCUCCUUAUAACGCUGUGCUGUCGUGUUUCUGAUAGUAUUUAUUGGCUUCUGUACAUUCUUGGCUAACUGAUGAUUUUGUGAUCUUUUAGAUAUUUUGUCAAUAUCGAACGUAACAAGAAAUUAUUAAAUUUUGUUAGAGUAGGUACCUUAAAUUAAGAAAGUAAAUAUACUUGCUUAUAUACCGGAUAUAAUGGUAUUUAUCCAAAUUCAAUAUACACUAUAUUUACCCAUUGAGUAUGGGUAUAGGUACAAAUGUAUAAAAAUAAACCAGCAAUACAAUUUUAGCGGCAAAUAAGAUAAGUUGUGAGUUACACAUAAAUUCCAGACUUCUUUCUGGAUCGUUGGAUCUUCCACAAUCCGUUGAAUUGAAAAAAUGUUCUUAGGGGAAAUUAUAUUUUUGAGCAAUUUUCUAUUAGGGCAAUAUUCGUUUUGUGAAUUGCUUGGGUGAAUUUUCUUUCGGGCAAUUUUCGGGAUACGAGAAUAUGUCCGCCUUUGAAAUUGAUCUAAUUUCUAUUUAAUGUAGAACUGUCUGAAUUAAAUUAGCAUGUAAGUAGGAUAAUAAAUAACUAAUAACAAUAUAUUACAAAAAAAAAUUAGUAGAAGGUGCUAGAAAAAAAUACCAAAAAUAUUUUUAUUUCGAUGUUAAAUAUAUUCAUUUUCAAUCUUUUUCUGUGCCUAGCUUUAAGAAAGUUGUUGAUAUAAGUGAAUUUUUGCACUAAUGUAAAUAAGUACUUAUUUACUAGAGAAAUACUAAUAUGUACAAAUAAUGUAUGUGUUAUAUUAGUUAUCAUAUAAUGCUGCAUAUUUUUUUUACUUCUUUAAUACUCAACAGUUUGUACAAUCAAAAAUUUGUACUUAACCUCUAUUGAAAUAUUAAAAAAAUACAUCUAGAAUAAGAAAAAGAGACAAAAUUAAUAUUAAUACUAGCAUAAUUAAAUGACCGGACAUGUAAUAUUAAAUUGAUUUGGUAUAAUUCGUUUAAGUCAUAGACUUAAAAUAAAAUAUAGACUGAGCAUCUCAUUCAUAAAUAGCUGGAACAUGCGGUCAGACAAUGUCUUGUUAUUGUUGUGUUAUUGUUUUAGGUUAUAACAAGUGCG